AUGGUUUUGACUCCUCCGAAAAGGUACAGAACGCUGUACCCGUUGCCCCUACCCGAUAAGCUAGAGUUAUCACCGGACCCAACCCAAGCAUCUCUGGAGUACACUGAGUAUUGUGUCUCGUUGUAUUAUCUAGUCAUGGGCUUGAAUGAGCGUCUAGGAGACAUUGAAAACGAACUACCGUACGGCCCCCGACACUUCAUUGCUCUCCUUACUCAGUAUUAUUCGAUUGCUCGUCAGCAACAAGAGGCGUUGGAGGAGGAACUGGACACCCGCCCAUCUCUUCAACUACUGCUUCAUCCUGCAGGGUCAGUUGUCACGCUGCCGAAUUUGCAAGCUAAAAUCAAAGCACGACUCAACAAGGUUCUAAUGCUCAUUCAAUCCAUUACCCGUCUGCUUGGACUCCCUAAAGAAAUCGAAUCCGCUCCUCUUGUUGCAAACAUCUCAGUCCGCGAAUGCAGACUCUGGUGUGAACUCAACACGGCUGAUUUCCGACAACGCCUACAGAGUGCAAGAGGCACCGCCGAGUUGCUUCCUAUCAUGAAUGAAGUUUCGAAUAUCAUCCUCGGAGACGUCGCUAUAGUUUCUGACCAAGUUGACCAAGAUGAAGGUGUUUUCAAAGUCCACAAUGCAAAGGAAGACACAAGCAUCGUUUCGCCUUAUGUGUACUUUGUCUGUACAGGAAUGGACAAAGAGGGCAACAAACUCCACAAUCUAGUGCAUGUCGGCUGCACUAGGGAGAGGUUUCCGAUGUGGAAACCUCUCCAGCAGCAUCGCGAUGAUGCCAGGAAUGACCUAAUUGGACAAGAAGCCAUCGAUGAAUGGGGCAAAUGGCGCGAGCAGCUUGUUAAAUUGGGCAUGGCUACGACCGAUGCCACAUUCAGGUUGAGAGAAAAUCUCAUGCAGGGCAACACUGAAGAGUUGCCGGAGUGGGCUCACGAGCUGGUUACGAAAAAGCUGCGUGCAUGCAGCAACCACGUUGGUCAGUCCUUCCAGCAAGUUGACUGGAACACAAUAAUCCACAUGGGUUGUUGCAUGUUGUGCAAGACCACUAUCUCCUUCGAAGAGAUCAAGGAAAAGGACUACAGAAAGGAGGCGAAAUGUGCUAACCUUCAUCGGAAGAAGCACUGUCCCCACUCCUGUGCUGAGGUGGCAACAAGUGGGAUCUGUGAUUUUAAAACUAGAAGUUCUCACAGUGAGCUUUAG